UGCGCUGUAGUCUAAACGUCUUUAAUGAUGGGAGUUGGAACUGAUAACAAGACUACGACCUUGUCUAAGUAUGCAUUACAGCAGCUUGGAGAGGGAAAAGAGGAGGUAGAUCUCCGGAAGAUGACACCCGGCAAUGCUGAGGCCAUGAGGCUGGCAAAGGCUGAACACCAGAUAACGGAACCCAGAGAAACUUGGGGUCGACGUCUGGAGUUCGUGCUCGCCUCCAUCGGUUAUGCAGUGGGUCUGGGGAACGUGUGGCGCUUCCCGUACCUGUGCUACAGGAGCGGAGGAGGUGCUUUCUUGAUUCCCUACUUCAUCAUGUUGUUUCUCUGUGGUAUCCCACUGCUGUUCAUGGAGUUCACUGUUGGGCAGUACACUCGUCUGGGGCCGGUCCAUGCUCUGGCUAAAAUAUGUCCCCUCUUCAAAGGUGUGGGGCUUGCCACGGUAGUGAUUUCUUACGUGCUCUGCACCUACUACAACGUGCUCAUGACCUGGGCUCUCUACUACCUGCUUCAUUCGUUCAGCCCCUCAUUGCCAUGGCAGUCCUGCAACAACACGUGGAAUGCAGUUGGCAACUGUUCCACUGGUUUUCCUGGCAAUGCCACGCAUCUGCAAUCAGCCAGUCAACAGUUCUUUGAUCAUAAGGUCUUAGAAAUGACCAGAGGGAUUGAGCACGCUGGAGGGAUUCGCUGGGAACUCUUUGGCCUCCUAAUCCUGGCCUGGGCCAUUGUUUAUUUCUGUAUCUUUAAAGGGGUGAAAUCCACCGGAAAGGUUGUGUACUUCACUGCCACAUUCCCUUAUUUCAUACUAAUUGCAUUGCUGAUCAAUAAUGUCCAGUUGCCUGGAGCAAAAGAUGGUAUCCUCUUCUUCCUCAUGCCAAACUGGAGUAAACUCUUGGAAGUCCAGGUGUGGGUCAAUGCUGCUGCUCAGAUCUUUAACUCCAUCGGCAUCUCCUUUGGUUCUAUGAUAUCUAUGGCCAGUUACAACAAGUACAACAACAACAUCCUUAAGGACACAUUUAUCAUCUCUCUGGCAAAUUCAGCCACUAGUAUCGUAGCAGGCUUUGUUAUUUUCUCUGCCAUCGGGUACAUGGCUCACAUUCACAACCUACCUGUAGAUGACAUUGCCACAGAUGGGCCUGGUCUGGUGUUUGUGGUAUAUCCUGAAGUGUUUUCCACCAUGCCGAUCUCUCAGCUCUGGGCACCUCUGUUUUUCAUCAUGUUACUCUGCCUUGGACUGGACAGUCAGUUUGCCAUGGUGGAAGUGGCUGUAACUUUCAUCAUGGACGGCUUUGGCAAGAAAGCGUUGCGAGUUUUUAAGAGGAAGGAGCUGAUUGUUCUGGCAGUGUGCUGCGUUGGCUUUCUGCUGGGGAUUCCUCACAUUUCCAGGGGUGGGAUAUAUGUGUUUCAGCUGAUGGAUCACUACACAGCUGUGGUGUCUCUAAUGUUUCUGGCCUUCUUCGAGGUGCUCGCCGUCACUCUCAUAUUUGGAGUGAGACGGCUCAGUUUAAUGGUGGAGAAAAUGCUGGGAAAGAAACCAAACCUCUACUUCCGUGUCUGCUGGCAGUACCUUUCACCCAUGCUUGUGCUGGGUAUUCUGAUCUCCAGUAUUUUUCAGUAUACUCCAGCUCGAUACGGCAAGUCCUACACAUACCCGCUCUGGGCAGAGGUGGUCGGCUGGCUCAUCUCUCUCGCCUCCAUCAUCUGGAUUCCACUUGGGGCUCUACAUGAGCUUUGGACCACCGAAGGGUCUCUGCUGCAGAGGUUGAAAAAGUCCAUAACUCCAGCUAUAGAUCUGGAGUUUGUUUCAGAGAAACCAUCUUCCGAGUCCAUUGCGAUGUUUACCGCUCCUUAGACACUUGAGUGUGUGUGUGUCCUUAAUAUGUUUACUCAUUAGAAGUGCAAAGUAGUUCUGCUUAAACUGAAAAAUAUCAUUUUAUGUUUUUACUCGUAUUUAUAUUCUGUUUAUUGCAUUUGAAAUUAAUGUUGUAAAGUACAAAAAUAUUCCCAGAUUUACAAUAUGGCAUUGA